AAUCUAAAUCUAAAAUCUAAAUCUUGACUCCUAAGGGACACGUAGUAGGGGGCGCUUGCAUAGAGGUAUCGGUACCCUGUGACAGCUGGCACGCUGGAAGUACAAAUUUAAUCAACCAAGAAUAUGGAAGCCAUGUCGGAUAAAGAUCAAUUUCAAAAUGAAGAUUACUCCAGUAGUGAUGAGGAACAGUGGGAAGCUGCUCAUACAAACAUCUUCAUUGAGGGGAAAACUUGUAACAAAUCUAUCAUAUCCAGUAGUAGUGGUGGGCAAGGCUUGAUGCCAGAAAAGCAUGGUCAAAAAGAUAGUACGAUAAUGAACAGAAUGAGACUGGAUGAUAAUAAAGCAGGUAUGCAGGGGUUGGACAGAGAUCGUAUAAGCCAAGUCAUUCUUGAGGCAUCAAAGGGAUCGAGGUUCUAUGAAAAUGAACAGAGAAAAGAAGUGCAGAUGCAGCAACGACUGUCUCACCAACAGGAUGCACUGAGUAAGCUGACACCUACUGAUAUCCAAGAAGCAGAACGUGAAGCUUUCAGCUUGGUGGAAGUGCUGCAGGCGACACGGGAUCUAAACAGAACUAUUGUUCACAUUGACAUGGAUGCAUUCUACGCAUCAGUGGAAAUGCGAGAUAACACAGACUUGCGUAGCGUACCCAUGGCAGUUGGUGGAAUGUCCAUGUUAUCAACUUCGAACUAUCUGGCUAGAAGGUAUGGCGUCCGGGCUGGAAUGCCUGGCUUCAUUGCUAAAAAACUCUGUCCAGAACUUGUGAUCGUUAAUACACAUUUUGAGAAGUAUAGGGAAGUGGCUGCUCAAGUAAGAGAGAUAUUUAAUGAAUAUGAUCCAGGAUUCUGUGGGAUGGGACUAGAUGAAGCUUACCUUGACCUCACCGAUCACCUUGAGAAUAGACGGCUACUGACAGACAAGGAGAAACUUACAUUUGUGCAUGCUAUAUGUGAAUGCAGUACAGAAACAUGUCCACAGGAUGUAGCUGAUAAAAGUCGGCAUGAUUCUGCUGAUCGUUUAGCUGCACCCAAACAACUGCAGUGUGAAAGAUGCUUAAAGUACAAAGAGGAAGCUCCGAUUACAUUUGGUGUCAGCGAUGAAGAAGCUGUGAAAGAGAUGCGCUUUCGCAUAGAGCAACGAACACAGUUGACAGCAAGUGCUGGUAUUGCUCCAAACACCAUGUUGGCAAAGGUGUGCUCUGAUCAAAACAAACCAAACGGACAAUAUAAACUCACAGCAGAUGUAGACAGCGUGAUGGAAUUUGUACACAGUUUACCCAUUAGAAAGGUGUCAGGCAUUGGCAAGGUAUCGGAGCGGAUGCUGGCAGACCUCGGCGUCACGACCGGCAGUCAUCUGAUUGAGAAGUGCGGUGUUCUCAGGCUGCUCCACUCGCAGAUCUCAUUCGAACAUCUCAUGAGAGUCGGCAUGGGUCUUGGAUCGACGCGACUCGAUUCAUGGGGCAGUGAACGUAAGAGCAUGAGUGUGGAGAGAACUUUUAGGGAGAUACACAAACCUGAUGACUUAUACAGCAAGUGUGAAGAGCUCACCAUAGCCUUGGCAGACGAUCUACAAGAAGCUAGACUCGUGGGUAAAACCAUCACAGUAAAGCUUAAGACAGUCAAUUUUAAAGUGACCACAAGAGCACGAUCCAUCGCGAGCUACACAAAUAGCUAUAGAGAGAUUGAAGCUGUUGCUAAAGACAUCCUUAAGUCGGAGAUACAUUCUAUGCGACCAGAUCCCCUGCGACUCCGACUCAUGGGAGUGAGAAUGUCGUCGCUGUGUGACGAAUCUCAGGUUACUGCGCAGGGAAAGCAGCAGACGCUAACUAGUCUCUUUGCUAAGACGCACAGCUCAGCUAGUCAAACACGCACGGCACAAGUAUCUACCUACACUUGCCCCGUAUGCAGUUCAACGCUGAUGCUGACGUUAUCUGGUUUCAACAGACACAUUGAUGGGUGCCUACAGCAGAAAGAAGUGCUUGCGUCAGAAAGAGGGGUGACGGUUGAUCACAGUGAAGACUUCAGUUGCAUGGAAUCCACUACAUGUGCUACAAGAGAUGCAGAUUCGAGCUUACAGAGCAGUGCUGCGUAUAGUGCAUCAGGCAUGUCUUUUGAAGAAAGUGACAGAGAAAAUAAAACAUUGCCUAAGAAAGGAACACGUUUGCUAGAGAAAUCUAAUAGCCAUACUCAGCCUGUAAAAAGCAGUCAUGCUAUUGGUGAAGAACAGCAAGGUAACCGUUUAUGCAAAUAUGAAAGUCAAGGAGAAAAACAGUCUCGAAAUUUUGAAAAGGGAAGCUUUACGUCCACACCUAAAGAGAGACCUCUCUCAGACUCAGCUGCUCCACCUGUGAUUAUGUGCCCAGUGUGCAAUAAACCUCAAGAAGGCUUGUCCAUGGCUAGUAUGAACAAGCACAUUGAUGAGUGCCUGAAUACAUCAACAAUAAAGGAUCUUUUGUGUAGCACUACCUCUGACUCCAAAAAACCAGAGCGGAAGAAGCCCAGGCUGAGUCUUGCUGGUAGAAAACAGAAAGCAAUAGCAAAUGAACCCUCAGUUCUUCAGUUUUUUGGAGGAAAGCUCCAACAAAAAAAUAAUAAUGCAAACUGAUCUGUAGGAAAUUUGUUGAUAUUCAUAAUAUAUGUUUUGAUGAAAUAAGUAGUGUUUUAUAAACGGAUGAAAAUGUCCUAGCACCCACGUAGCAGAUCCGUAUUUGUGAUUUAUUGGUAAAUGUGGUAUAUUAUUUUUAAAUAAUUAUAAAAUUUAUAAUAUAUAUUGUUGUACAUAUAGGGUAUGUGUGUUGUACAAAAUAAUAUUCUUUGAUUACCAAGUGAAAUGCUAUCCUUCUAUUUACCAUUUCUUCUUGUUCUACGCCUUCACAUGGCUUUAUAAAACUGCCAACUCUGCAUCUCAACAAAGCUCCAUGGACCAUUGUAUGAAUCAAAACUGCUGCAAUAUCUUGGCAUUUAAUGAAACAUUACAAGUAAACCCCUAGCACAAUGGGCAUAGUGUAUGAGAGAUACAUUAAUUAGCUCGUUAUAGGUGUGAUAGUAUCUCUAAUCCACAAUGAAUAUUGCUAAAUAAAUGUUUCUGGUAUUAUUUUA